AACAUAACAGUCGCAAUAUGCCGCAUUAAUACAACGACCAACUACGACGUGGAUUUAAACGCGUUUUUGGCAAUUUACGAACUCAAGGAAGAAAAAAGUCAUGAGAAAGAAUAUAUAAAAUACUAGAAAUAACGUGUCUUAAUAAAUAUUUAUUUAUUAUGUUAAAAACAAAUAAUAUCUGAAGUGCUAUUGUAAAUUUGAAAAGAAAAUAAUAGUAAUAAUAAUAUACAUUAUAUGUAUGCUUCUCUAAACGUGUAUAGAGUAAAUUGUGUUAAAUAUAUAUAUAUAUAUAUAUAUAUGUAAUAUAAUUUAAUAAUACAUACAUAGUUUAUGUGCAAAUUAUUAUGUUAAAAAGGAUACUAAAAUUAUCCAAGGAAGAACAGCUUUUGCCAUACGAACGGAUGGACUCGCCUGAACUACCCAAAGUCUAAUGAGAUAUUAAUGAAGACACUUAAUAGCGAAUACAAUUGACAUUAGGAUCAAUCCAAGGUGGGAGAAUAUACUGCUUCUGCAUGUAUUUUCUAAGGAAUCCGGUUAUGGGAAUAAUAACAUGCGACACUCAUAAACUUACUUUUUUGCGACGGUCUCUGAGAUAUAUUAAAUGCAAUAAAUUAUUAUUUGGCGUACUUUUAACAGUAGCCAUAAAUAUAAGCUUGGCACAGCAAGAUCACAAUCGUAAAUUACAUAGUUAUGGCGGACGUUUUGUGGGCGAAGAGGAGGCGGAAGCCAUAGCAAUCGAAGCAAAUAUGCGUCUGGCCAAAAUCCCAUGUAAUUUUACUACUAAAACUAAUUGUAUAUAUGCAGAACAGCAAUUAGACAGCCUCACUUUGCCAAUAAAGGAUUUAAGGCAGCGCAACAGCCAACAUAACAUAAACGAAAUUGUUGUUUCUUGGGUGUCUCAAGCUGGCAUUAUAAAUAGAACUGAACAUACCCUUGGUGUGGUCCAUAGCUAUGAUAACAGAAAUGCCAACACCAUUACCAAUACUACUGAUCCGAAUAAUGUUCGAGGGAAAGCCCAAAACGGUUUCUACAACUUCAAUUGGAUUUUUGAAUUGUUGGCAUGUAUGAUGUUGGCUAGUGCAUUUGAAAUUUGUCUCUUAGUAUUGCGAAAUUUACGAAAUAUCAGUUUGGCAUUUUUUGGAUUUUGGUCAGCGUUAAAUGCACGUUUUCAGAAGCUCUGUUACGCUUGUCCUUCUACGUCGUCCGGCACUAAGAGUGAUCAGCAGCGUAAGCGAAAUGUUGCAAUGGGAGAAAAACGCACACUGUCAUAUAUAUUCGCUAUACUGACAUGGCGUGCUUCACAAACUGCAAAAGGCGGCACAACUAGUACAGAAGCAAAUUUAAGAGACGAAAAUACUGGUGCAAUCAGUUACGGUCACGUCACCACUAUGGGAGACUUGUUGCUGCUUAUACUAUUCACUCAUGUUUAUUAUCAGAGGCAAAAAUUUCAUCAGGGUUCAAAUAAUGAUAAUGUUAAUGCCGAAUCGGAAGAGUUAUUGGAAGGUCACAAAGAACGCGAAAAUGAUAACAACGGUCCAGUUCAUCAAGAAUUCUAUGAUAAACAGAAUGAAAAGAUCAACAAUAGUACUUUCAGCGACCAAACCCAUAACAGACGUGGCCUAAGUAAACGCUGCUCCCAUUAUUGCGGAAACAUGUAUCAGCAAAUUUUGUUGUUACAAGAGUAUCAUAAAUCAGCUCAAGUCAAAAUUGCACCUCUUACAUCGUCGUACGCAACCAAAAUACCUUAUUUGACUUACUGCACCGGCAUUGUUUGGCAUACGUGCUGUUUCUGUCAGUAUUCUUGUAGAACUUGUUGCUACUGUUGUAGCAGCUGUCGCUGCUGUCGGAAUCAGCGUUGCUACAUUUAUGUACCACCACUAUGUAAUACCAUCUACUGCUGCUGCUUCUAUAAAUCAUUGAAAUCCUUUCAUGAUGUAAACUUCCAAUAUUGUUGUUACCUCUGCUGUUGGCCGGAUUUCUACCAUAUCAGUGCUGUGGGUUCUCAUUCAUCCAGAUGUUGCUGCCACUUCUACUGCGAACGUGUCUUCAAUCAUUGUUGCCUCUGCAAUGCCCUUGUAAAUAAAGCAUCUUCGGCUCGUGCUUUGCUUCUCCUAAACAAAAUAAAAAGUUAUUCUUCAAAUGCCUACCGGCCUUCCCCAGACUACUGUGUGUGGAAAGUGAAGUACAACAACCAAAGUUAUUCUCUGUUCUACGAGAUAGAUGGCCAAAGCUAUUCUUUUCUCUAUUUGAUAGAUGGCAGGUCCAUGUUUGUGUGUAAGCGCAACUAUUACCAGAUAGCAUUGGAUGUGUUUUGCUCGCUAUUACCGCAAUAUUUUGUGACUAUAAAAAAUUGUCAAAGUUUCGUAAAAUGGAAGAAGUUUCACGUAGCUGUGGUGGUAAUGGCUUUAAUAGUAAUUUGUGCCUCUAGCGCCGGGGCUAAUUAUGAUCAUCAUCACUAUUACAAUUCGCUUUUCAAUAAAUGCCACAAGCAUUUCUCCAGAUGCAAACAAAACAGGAGAAAACGAAGGCGACGCCGACGUCGGCAUCAACAUUGUAAGGCCUAUAGGCCGCAACAUUACUUCUAUACCACGCUGAUACAGUGUGUUAAACGACAAAACGCUAAAAAAUUGCAUAAAAAAUUCGCUACUAGACUACAUAAAAAAUCGGCAAAGUUAUUAACGCCCAAUAUAUACAUAACAUGUGAGUAUUCCUUAGCUACAGGUACAGCUACAACACCAGUCACAACGAAACAUCCAAUUGUACGAGCUAUAAAGCGGGUUCGUGGUUCAAAACCAAAUAUUGUCUGGUUGCUCAUUGGGCUAAUAUGGUUCGAAGGACCAAAAAUAGUUAACUGUAACGUUAUUAUAAACUAUCAAAACCAGCAACAACACGAACAACAGCAACAACAACACCAACAAACCGGAAAUAGCCAUAAAGAAACAACAACCAAUAGCGUGAAUUCAAACUUUGAAUACAAAAUGGACAAUUUCAAUCAAAUGAAGACUAAAAGUGGCAACAAUAAUAAUAAUAAUAAUAGUAAUAACAAUAGUAAUAAUAACGGUAAUAAAAACAAAAAUAAAAAUAAUAAUAACAACAAUAAUAAUAGCAACACUAACAAUAGUAAUAGAAGCUCCACCAGCAGUAGCAACAUACAUUUAUCUGUUAAUGUCAUUCCUAUUAUUAACACUAUACAUUUUAAACAUUAUUGCAAUAAUAAUUAUCAUCAGAAACUCAUACGAUCAUCGCAACGUGUUCAACGUGCCUUAAAAACAAAUCCAAAUUUGGAUACUAGUAUAACUUCAAGUGCCUCCUUAAAUUACAAUAAUAUUAACGAUGAUUUGGACUCAGAACAAAUGCCGUCGUCAUCAGCAUUUCAAACUUUUAACGAAGAAAGCCAUGCUCAAAGCGAUCUUAUGCGUUUGGAAUCAAUAAAGCAUCAAAUUUUAUUCAAAUUGGGCCUGACGCGAAAACCAAACGUAUCACAUCCAUUGCCAAAACAAUUUAUAUGGGAUACAAUAUAUCGAGCUGAUGGUAUUAAUAGUUUUCAUGAAUUUUCAAAUACAAAUAAUUUCCAAGAUCAUCGUCACAUUAUGCCUCAACAGAAUUAUCCGUUUUGGUCGGCAAAACCAAAUAAAGGUGCCAAUGAUGAUCGAAAAGAUCGCUCUAAAGAUUCAGAAGAUCUAGAAGACGGAGUAGACAAUAUUAAACGAUCGCUAGAGAAUAAUAUUGUUUUACAUAAGAAGUAUGGCAAAAAUAAACAACAACUGCAGCAGCAACAACAACAACAUCAAACACUUCCUAAACUUUACAACAAUGAUAUCAACUAUCAAAAAGGAGCAACAUCAAAAAACUUGAAUCAACUUUUAUACACAACAAAUCGAAACAAAUUAAAUCACACAAACAAAACGGUUAAUAAUUUCACAAUAUUGAAACAAACUAAACACCAACAACAAUUUCAUAAAAAUUCACAACACUCAACAACAGCCAAAAAAACAACAAUAAUACACCAACAGAAUCGAAGACAAUAUGAACCACUUAAUCAAUACACAAACAGCAACAAAAACAAUAUUCAAAAUAAUAAUAAAAAUAAUAAUAGAAACAAUAAUAAUAAUAAUGAUAAUAAUGUUAAUAAUAGUAACAACCACAACAACAACAACAACAUUAUUAUGGUACAAAAACACCUUCGCAACAACAAUAAAUAUAUUGAAGAAGCAAAAAAGUUUACAUAUCUAACGGAUAUCAACAGUAGAGAUGAUAGUUUAAAUAGUAUGGAGUAUCAUAAUCCCGACAUUGAUGACAAUAAUAGAGUAGUAAGAAAGCAAAAGCAACAUAAAGAGCUAUUGCAACAUAAUGUCCCUAAUGUGGAAACAUCUGAAAGCAGUUACCAUCAUCAUUUUUAUAUCGAUACUCACGAUGACUCCGAUAAAGGAAAUGUCCACGUUGAUGAUAUUGUUGCACAUGCAAAUCCAAGUACUAUUCAUGAAGGUGGCAAUGACGUCGUACACGACGACGAUGGUGAUGGCGAUCGUUAUCAUCAUCAUUCGCAUCAACAUCGGCAUGAAAAUUAUUUUCCUAAAUUAGACGCUUUCGAUGAAAAUGAUGAUUUUUUCGGUAGUACUCAGGAGAUAAUAACUUUUGCUGAAAAAGGUAAAAUGUAUAAGAAUCAUCGAUUGGUUGAGUUUUCCCAUCAAAACAAUGAAAAGCCAAAACAGAAGCUUCAUGUGCGCAAUGCUGAGAUACACAUACGCAUCGACAAAAUUUCAAUAAAAAAUAAAUCCAGAGCUGGCUCAGGAAUAAAACGCAAAAGACUGAAAAUAUGGAUAUUUCAAUUAAUUGAAAAUAAUUACACUUACAAGGGUUUUGAUCAUGUGGCUAAAUUUUGUGCAUCAUUUGAAGUAGACACAUCCCGCUUAGGAUGGAAGAAGUUUGAUAUUACAACAACUGUUAAGGAAUGGUAUUCGCGGAGAGAAAGUGAAAAGCUUAGACUGCUUAUUGACUGUACAGGUUGUGGCAAGGUGUAUACAGUACAUCUAUUUAAUGACAAUACCGCCAAGGCGGAUGCCAGCAUUAGAGAACGUCGAAUAGCGGAUGAAAGGCGUAAUGCGAAUAUUAAUAAAAUGCAUAGCAAACAUUUUUACAAUAUUACUCAUAAUUACGAGAACUACACUAAUUUUCAAUAUAAUCAAACAAUAUUGGUGGCAGAUAAGGAUGGCAUAAGACAAAGAAAUCCAGCGAAUUCAGAUGAAAAAGAUCUCUUGAAUUCAAGCCGUCCAUUUUUAGUUUUGCAUACCGAAGCUAGAAGACAGCGUCGGGUUCGUCGACGCGCCAUAAAUUGUAAUGGAGCGUUACACGGUCAGUGUUGCAAAGAGUCGUUUUAUGUUUCAUUUAAAGCCCUCGGCUGGGAUGAUUGGAUCAUAGCACCUCGAGGAUAUUUUGCCAAUUAUUGUCGUGGCGAUUGCACUGGUCCAUAUCGUACACCAGAUACUUUUCAAACAUUCCAUGCCCACUUCAUUGAAGAAUAUCGUAAAAUGGGUCUUCUAAAUGGCAUGCAACCAUGCUGUGCGCCAAUAAAAUUUUCCAGCAUGUCACUUAUAUAUUAUGGCGAUGAAGGUAUAAUAAAAAGAGAUCUUCCAAAAAUGGUGGUCGAUGAAUGUGGAUGUCCAUGAUAUUGGUAUAUUAUUCGAAGAGGUACACAAAAAAUACUCAAAUUACUACUCAUACCAUUGCUGACAUAACACAUAGAUAUAAUUUCGACUCUUUUAUAUAUGUAUACAUAUAUACUAUAUAAGUAUGGAUAUAUGUAUAUACAAAUACGUAUAAAAUACAUAUACAUAUAUAUAGUAUGUAUUUCAGAAUCGAUACCACACACAAAUAAGUUACAGCAUAAAUAUACCGUCUUAUAACAUAUAGUUCCACUGGGCAGCUCCAAAAUCUCCGGCCUGCUAAUCGUUAUAGCAAAUAAAAACAGACUAUGUAUGAGCUGUACAUAACUACUAAUAUUAAUAAUAUAAUAGUACUAAAUUACCAGAGUGUGAUUUUUUAUUUAUUUUAUUUUUUAAUUCUAAACCAUGUAAUUUUGUAUUAUAAACUAAAAAUACUAUUUAUUCCCUUUUUCCAUUAGUAUGUAAAAAACUAUUUUAGCGUUAAAACACAAUUGGAGUAGAGUGGAUUUUCUAAUAGAAAUUUUUAAGUAAUUUUCAACUUAAAAUAAAAACUAAACAUUUUUUAUUUCGAAAUAAAAAC